ACGUCCAGUUCGACAUUCAGUCUGCAAUUCUCGUCUUCAUCUUCUCUGCGACCCAAGUGCUUAUUGCUAUUCUUCGACCUGCGACUCGUUCCCAAAGUCUUGGUCUAUCGGCCUUGAAUUGCGUAGUCUACGUCAGCUUCGGAUAGCCAAAGUCUACGCCAACAUCCCCAGCCUCCUCGACGCACUAGACAGCAGCCGAAGACAAAGCCCUCAGCUCGCUGUGCCCAACCAAGUCCUCCGUCAAACAACAUCCGACUGUCCAAAUGCCUCUCUGUGGUGGAACGAAAACCGUCCAGCGCAAGCUGGUUCUGCUAGGCGAUGGUGCCUGCGGAAAGACGUCGCUACUAAACGUCUUCACGAGAGGAUAUUUCCCUACAGUCUACGAACCCACCGUCUUUGAAAACUACGUUCACGACAUCUUCAUCGACAACGUACAUGUAGAACUCUCCCUCUGGGACACGGCCGGACAAGAAGAAUUCGACAGACUGCGCUCGCUUUCCUACGAUGAUACCCACGCCAUCAUGCUUUGUUUCAGCGUCGAUUCGCCAGACUCGCUUGAAAACGUCGAGUCAAAAUGGGUUGCUGAGAUUGCCGAGAACUGCCCUGGUGUCAAGCUCGUCCUCGUUGCCUUGAAGUGCGACUUGCGAGAGCAGGCGAACGAUGACGAAGAAUCAAACGAGCCCAAACGUCCCAUGAUUGACUACAAGCGCGGUCUCGCCGUAGCCGAGAAGAUCAAGGCACUCAGAUAUCUUGAAUGCUCGGCCAUGAAGAAUCGCGGCGUCAACGAAGCCUUUACCGAGGCUGCCCGUGUCGCCCUCCAGGUCAAGAAUGUCAAGGGUGACAAACAGAGCAGCUGCCUUGUCAUGUGAAGACCCGCCUCGUCUUCUCGACCACAACACCCCUCUCAUCCCUCUUCCCAUCCUCCUU